GGGCACGGACUUUGCCCAGCGCGAGGGGCGGAACGGACUGAGUGUCCGCGGGGGACCGCGACCAUGUUGGCCUUUGCUGGCAGGAUCGCGGAAACUGCCUCUCCUUAGGUUCUGCUCAUCUCCGGGUAGCAGGCUUAGCGAUCCAACCAAGGCAGACAGACGGGGCUGGGACCUCAUUUGGGCUGUGGAAGACAGGCAGCAGAGAGCAGGCAAAGAAGGGUGGUGUCUGUGCUUCCAGACAAUGGGGAGGUCCCCCACACCUCUGCCACCCUCACAGUGUCAUGUACCCCAACUGGGAUCCCCGGGGCCACACCUCACCCUCCCUGUGCCUGCCUGCGCGUCCAGCCCUCACAGGAGGCGGGGACACCACAGCCCCGGGGGCUGGGAGGCCUGGGUGAAGCCGCUGGGCUUCCUCAGACCCUCCUCCUUGAUGAAGCUUCCUGGCAGGCUCAAGGCACACCAGGAUGCACUGCCACGGCUGCCCGUGCCCCCGCUCCAGCAGUCCCUGGACCAUUACCUGAAGGCGCUGCAGCCCAUCGUGAGUGAGGAGGAAUGGGCCGCCACCAAACAGCUGGUGGAUGAGUUCCGGAGCCCUGGGGGCGUUGGGGAGCGGCUGCAGAAGGGGCUGGAGCGCAGGGCCAAGAAGUCGGAGAACUGGCUGUCCGAGUGGUGGCUCAAGACUGCUUACCUCCAGUACCGCCAGCCCGUGGUCAUCUGCUCCAGCCCGGGUGUGGUUCUGCCCAAGCAGGACUUCGUGGACCUGCAGGGCCAGCUCCGGUUUGCUGCCAAACUCAUCGAGGGCGUUUUGGAUUUCAAGAGCAUGAUUGACAACGAGACCCUGCCCGUGGAGCAGCUGGCGGGGAAGCCGCUGUGCAUGAACCAGUACUACCAGAUCCUGUCCUCCUGCCGUGUGCCGGGCCCCAAGCAGGACUCCGUCGUCAACUUCCUAAAGACCAAGAAGCCGCCCAUGCACAUCACCGUGGUGCACAACUACCAGUUCUUUGAGCUGGACGUGUACCACAGUGACGGGACGCCCCUCACUUCGGACCAGAUCUUUGUGCAGCUGGAGAAGAUCUGGAACUCGUCCCUGCAAACCAAUAAGGAGCCAGUGGGCAUCCUGACUUCCAACCACCGCAACACCUGGGCCAAGGCCUACAACACGCUCAUCAAAGACAAGGUAAACCGGGACUCGGUGCGCUCCGUCCAGAAGAGCAUCUUCACGGUGUGCCUGGACAAGCCCGUGCCCCGGGUCUCCGAGGACGUCUACCGCAACCACGUGGCCGGCCAGAUGCUGCACGGGGGCGGUGAAUCGCUCAACAGCGGCAACCGCUGGUUCGACAAGACACUGCAGUUCAUCGUGGCUGAGGACGGCUCCUGUGGGCUCAUCUAUGAGCACGCGGCGGCUGAGGGCCCCCCCAUUGUCGCCUUGGUGGACCACGUCAUGGAGCACACGAAGAAGCCCGAGCUUGUGCGCUCACCCAUGGUGCCCCUGCCCAUGCCCAAGAAGCUUCGGUUCAACAUCACCCCCGAGAUCAAGAACGACAUCGAGAAGGCCAAGCAGAACCUCAGCAUCAUGAUCCGGGACCUGGACAUCAAGGUGUUGGUGUUCCACCACUUCGGGAAGAGCUUCCCCAAGGCCCAGAAGCUGAGCCCCGACGGCUUCUUCCAGAUGGCCCUGCAGCUGGCCUACUACAGGAUCUAUGGCCAGUGCUGCGCCACCUACGAGAGCGCCUCCCUGCGCAUGUUCCAUCUGGGCCGCACUGACACCAUCCGAUCGGCCUCCAUGGACUCGCUGGCUUUCGCCAAGGCCAUGGACGACUCCAGCGUGCCGGAGCAGCAGAGAGCAGAGCUGCUGCGGAAGGCCGUGCAAGCGCACCGGGCCUACACCGACCGGGCCAUCCACGGGGAGGCCUUCGACCGCCACCUGCUGGGCCUCAAGCUGCAGGCCAUCGAGGACCUGGUGAGCAUGCCCGACAUCUUCAUGGACACCUCCUACGCCAUCGCCAUGCACUUUAACCUCUCCACCAGCCAGGUCCCCUCCAAGACAGACUGUGUCAUGUUCUUUGGGCCCGUGGUCCCCGACGGCUAUGGCGUCUGCUACAACCCCAUGGAGACCCAUGUCAACUUCUCCGUGUCGGCCUACAACAGCUGUGCCGAGACCAACGCCGCCCGCAUGGCACACUACCUGGAGAAGGCCCUGCUGGACAUGCGCGAGCUGCUACAGCGCCACCCCUGGGCCAAGCUCUGAGCCGCCGUGCCCAGGCCUGCCCGCGCCAUGCUGAAGUCUUGGGAGGUGGACACCUGCCAGGGCUCUGCCCCUGGCUUCCACAGCUCCUGGCCCCAGGUCUGGCUGAGCCAGGGCCAGUGUCCUCUCACAAGGCCUGCAGGCCCAAGCCAAGUGCCUUCCACGACUGUCCCAGGAAGUGCCACAGCCCCGGUGCUGGGUAAGUGCUGAACAGGACAGAAGACGCACGCCCUGGGCCUGGGACAAGUCCAGCCCCGCACUUGCCAAACCAGGGGCCUAAAAAGUGCUCCUUCCUUCCUAGCUUCCCAUCUGCACACCAAGCCAGCGCCCAUACCCUAUCCUGUCUCCCAGCCACCCAGAGACAGGAUUACCUCUGGCCAAGGGCUUGGGGCCUCUGGCAGGGGACGGGCCAAGGGGAUGCUCGCGGGGCUGUCCUCAUGUGGCCACUGUGGAUGAUGGGGUUCGGGAGCCCGGCCUCUCCUGACACACACCGUGGCACAGUGUGACCAUGUGGGCGGCUGAGUAAUAAAGGAGAAAUGCCUGGUGAA